UUGAGCGCUCCCGGCUCCCGUCUUGGCGCUUCUGCGGCUCUGCGCCUGCGCGGUUCCUCAUCGCCCUUCAUUUCUCAGGAAGCGGAGAAGGACGUACGUCCUCGGGAAGAAUUGUCAGCAUGUCUGCUCCCGUUUUGGCAAAACCACAGCUGCGAGGCCUUUUGGCUAAGCGCUUGCGAUUUCAUAUUAUUACAGCAUUUAUUCUGUCUUUGGGAUGUGCUACUAUGUAUAAGUUCAGAGUGGCUGAACCUAGGAAAAAGGCAUAUCAAGAUUUCUAUAGAAGGUAUGAUGCUGUGAAAGAUUUUGAAGAGAUGUAUCAAGCUGGUGUCUUUCAGUAUGGAAAACCAUGAUGAAAUAUACAGGCUUCAGAGGCUUGAGGUCCCUGGAUACCUAUACUGACUUGUUUUUCUUGUGCUCUAACAUGAAAUACAUGCACACUGGCUGUGGAAUAAUCUAACUCGAUAAUAAACAGUUGAUGACCUAUGUGUGGUAACUUAAA